AUGAAGGAAAUCAUAGUGACAUUCUUGUUAACGGCCUUUGGUGCCUUCCACUUGGUGUGUGGAGAGGAUUCAAAGUUAGUGAAUGAAAAAGAGUUCAACCAAAUGUGUGAGAUAUUGAGGUUGGCGGAGGGGGAACCAGAGAAAAUAAUGGAAGAGCCUGCGAAUCUAACGAGUAUCAUCGACAGGCUACAGAUGUUUGUGAAAGCGACAUACGUGAAGGAUUCCUUGUAUAAAGAAGCUAUGGAAAGGAGGAAAGGAACAGUUAACAAUAGUGGGGCCGCUAAGAUGAGUAUGCAUCGUGCAAAUGAUAUUAUUCGGUGGAGGGUAACACAUGAGAAGUUAAUAAAACUAGCGGAAAAGGCAACCAUACUCGUGAGUGGAAUAAGAGAGGAACGGCGCCUGGCGAAUGUGUCAAGGAAAUUUGCACUCGAAAGAAUGGCGCAAGUCGUUUAUGGGGCGAAUGCUGGGAGGCUGAUGGAGAAGGAGGAGUUUGAAAAGUUUGCGGUGCACACCGGAGACACUUUAAUAGGAAACUCCGCAGAGGAAACGUGCGGAGCUGGGUAUCAUCCCUCGACUGAGGAUGCCAUGGCUGGGCGUUCGCUCGUGGGGGACUUUUUUUGCUUGUGCGUUGGAGAAGAGAAUAAUGAGACCGUUUGUCACAAAAGUAUCAAGGGGCCGGGUAGAAAGAAACUGUGGAAAAAUGUGUCGUAUGAUGGAAGUGAUGUGGCUUUUGGCCCCGGCUGGUUUAAGAUAAAGGAUGAAGCCUGUCCAAAAAAUGAAAAUUUGAAAUUGAUAACGCCAGAAAAAAUCCAAGAUGCAGUGAGGGAGUUCAAUAAGCUUCUUGGAAGGCAGAGGGAGAAUAUAAUCAUGAACAUGAAAGAAUCGGAGGGAUUUCGGACCUACGUGUUUGGGAGAGCAAAAAAAAUACAUACGGGUGUUUUUGACCGCAGCGAAAACAUAUGCACGGGGAAGAAUGACCAAAUGUGCGUGAAUUAUGCGUAUAGACUUCUGACGCAGAAGGGAAUUGAGUGGCAGCUGAGGUUGCUGGAUGCGGAGAAGUACCUGGUGGAAAUGGAAAGGCACAAUAAGGAGGCAAAGGUUUUGCUUGGAAGGCUGUGGAAAUUAGCGGAGAAUAUGAAAAGUGCAGCAGCAAAGAUUAACUUGAAUUUGGAACACUUAAUGAUGGAGAGUGAAGUGAACGAGGUGGAAGAGGAUGGGGCCGGCUUUUCAAUAUCUUUGACUGUUUUAGCAAUGAUGGCGCUGACUGCCUUUGUCGCUUAA